AUGAACGGAGAUUGUGUCUCGCGGGAACACGAUGAAUAUCAAUAUCUGGACUGUGUUAGAAGGAUAAUUAAUACUGGCACAAAGAAGAACGACAGAACUGGCACCGGCACUCUUUCAAUCUUCGGUGUUCAGAUGCGGUUCAAUCUGAGGGAUGACUCCUUGUAUUCUUGUCAUAAAUUUACCAAAGGAACCUUGCCGUUAUUCACGACCAAGCGAGUAUACUGGAAAGGUGUCUUGAAGGAACUGCUGUGGUUCAUUCGAGGCUCCACGGACGCCCGAGAAUUGCAGAAGGACGGUGUCCGGAUCUGGGACGGCAACUCAUCCCGAGAAUUCCUGGACUCGCUCGGAUUCGCUGACCGAGACGAAGGGGAUCUCGGGCCUGUGUACGGAUUUCAAUGGCGUCACUGUGGAGCCGAAUACCUGGACAUGCAUCAUGACUAUUCCGGUCAAGGUGUGGACCAGUUGCAGAAUGUGAUCGAUCUGUUGAAGAAAGACCCGGACUCCAGGAGAAUUUUGCUGUCUGCGUGGCAUGUGCCGGACAUAGACAAGAUGGCGUUGCCGCCUUGUCAUCUGUUGUCGCAGUUUUACGUUGCCAACGGAGAGCUCAGUUGCGGGUUGUAUCAGCGAUCGGCGGAUAUGGGGCUUGGGGUGCCGUUCAACGUUGCGAGUUACGCUGCGUUGACGCAUAUGAUCGCCGCCACUGUUGGUUUGAAGACUGGAGACUUCGUGCAUACGAUAGGAGAUGCCCACGUGUACGUGAACCAUGUUGAGCCCUUGAAAGAGCAAUUGACUCGACAGCCCAGACCCUUUCCGAAACUUGUGAUAACUCGAGAGAAGAUUGAAAGUAUCGACGACUUCAAGUACGAAGAUUUCGAGCCGUUUCGUCUGUGCGAUGGCAUUGAGCAGAAGGCAGCCAAUAUAAUUACUGACAGUGGACACACCGUGGAAAGUCUUUCAAAAACUGCACUGCCUUACUUGAAGAAGCACGAUCGUCAUCGACAUGCGUUUAAAAUGGAUGUCAGCCUUCAUAAUUGCCUGAUGUAUUUGAUUGCGCGUUUCCCGACUGAAGCUUCGAUUGUUUCCUCGGUGUUCCUUGAGCUGAUGUCCCAUGAGCCUGAAUGGAAGCCCAAAUCGAUUUUUGAUUGCGGAAGCAAGAUGAAUACGGUGUUGUGGGCCGCAUACCACCAUUGGCCGGAACUUGAGGAAAUGUUUUGCGUCGAAUUCAACAAGAACAUGCUGGAUUUGGCUGAGAAAUUUUUGCCCGACGAUUUUUUCGAGGGUGUCGAAUCAAAGCGGAAAAGUUUAUUCUACCGCCAGUUUCUACCAGCGUGUUCGGAGCCACAGUUCGAUAUUGUGGUUUCCUCGCACACAACGAAAUCCAUCCUUUCCGAAAAUGGCGAACUCGUGAAACGUACCCUUCCUAUUCUGUGGGAAAAGACUGGGAAGUACUUGGUUAUUAUUGAAUCAGGUUCGAGAUCAGGAUUUCUGUCUCUUAACCGGAUACGGCAGCAUUUGCUGGACGUUGGAGCAGAAUUAGUUGCCCCUUGUCCGCAUUCGCAUCAAUGUCCGAGAUUGAAUUCCGAUGCUUCCAUCCCGUGUUCGUUUGGGGCACCUUUUAAGGGGUUCUCUUUCGCGAGAGCGUCAAUGGGUGAUGCGAAUUCAGGCGUGGAAAAGUAUUCUUAUUUAAUCUUCCGAAAACCGGAUGCUGGAACGAAUGCCUGUUCUCAAAAAGAAGAACGGAUGUCUCGGUUGUUGGCGCCGACUUUACGGAGGCAUAGGCAUGCCGUUCUUCGUCUGUGUUGUCCGGAUGGUAACUUGAGGGAAGUUACUGCUUCUCGAGGGAAAACAGAAGGACUCAAAAGAGAUCUGUGGAGGUAUGCGAAACUAUCCGAGUGGGGCGAUCGAAUUCCUGUGACAGUUUCCGACAAGAUAGAUUUUGAGCCAAUCGUAAAACGAGUGAUGUCUUUGAAAGUGGCUAUCGCUCGGCAUCGUGCGUUGGUCGCUGUCGGACUUCAAACUUGUGUUCUGAUCGUCGUAUAUUUCGUGUUCUCUAUUGGACUCACCUUUUACCAAAAACGACUCAUUCAUCAGUUCCCGUUUCCACUGAGCGUUGUCGUGUGUCAUGUGAUCGUGAAGUUCUGUUUAGCUGCAUUGCUGAGGAGAUCAUCAUGCACUGAGCGCACUGUUUUAUCGUGGCCAACUUACUGCCGUGCUGUCGCUGUUACGGCAGUGUCUUCCGCGUUCGACAUAGGCUUCUCCAACUGGAGUUUUGAAUUCAUCACUGUGUCGCUGUACACCAUGACCAAGUCGACGAGCAUCGUCUUCAUUUUAAUUUUCUCUGUAUGCCUGGGUUUGGAGAAGCCGAAAUCCUCAUUGGGCAUCAUAGUAGCUUGCAUCUCUGUUGGAUUGGUGCUUUUCAAUUAUGAAUCUACGCAGUUCCAUGCGUUUGGAUUCAUGCUGGUUUUGUCUGCAUCCUUCUUGAGUGGUGUGCGUUGGUCCUACGCUCAACUUGUCAUGCAGUCUAAGUCAUCUUUGGAUAACCCCGUUGACAUGGUGUAUCACGUUCAACCUUGGAUGCUGCUAGCACUCCUACCUUUUUCCGCUAUCGUCGAAGGUCGGGCAUUAGUCACCUCAUCGCAAGGAUUCGCCGCGAAUCCCUCUGUUGGAUUAGGGACUCUUGGCUCUGUUGUGAUCGGCGCAUUUGUCGCCUUUGCUAUGGAAUUAUCUGAAUAUUUAUUGGUGGCGCGGACCUCGAGUUUAACCUUGUCAAUUGCCGGCGUGUGGAAGGAGAUAUUGACCCUCGUGCUCGAUUUUCGGAUCAACAAAAGCAAGUUUUCGUUAUUGAAUUUGCUGGGUCUUGUGAUCGUUUUCACCGGUAUUAUUGUUCAUUUGAUAGUGAAAGCUAGAGAUAUUGAUAAAACUUCGGUUAAACGAGAAGUUUCUACAGUUGACGACGAUUCCGAGAUUGCGCUGUUGGAUGUCGCGCAGUGA